UGAACGCGUAUACCCCACACGCAGCCAAGGAAAAGGAAAAUGAAAGUGUGAAAGAAGAAAAUGCUUGGUACUGGACACCCGCGUUUCGUUUCAUUUCGUUAAAGGGAAAUAACCGACACUGAAACAAACAGUUGAAACUUGAAAAACCGAAACCAUUUUUCUCUGAAAUAAUUGAAUCGUGAAAUUAACAUAUGAGUUCAGGAAGCAGCAGCAGCAAAGACAAAGAGAAGGCGCGAGUGAGCCGCACGUCACUCAUACUAUGGCACGCUCAUCAAAACGACGCCGCUGCGGUUCGGAAGCUUCUUCAUGAAGAUCCUUCGCUUGUCAAUGCUACAGAUUACGAUAACCGCACUCCGCUUCACGUCGCUUCACUCCACGGUUGGAUCGACGUCGCUAAAUGCUUAAUUGAAUUCGGCGCCGAUGUCAACUCUCAGGAUCGUUGGAAAAACACCCCUUUGGCUGAUGCAGAAGGAUCUAAACAGACUAGUAUGAUUGAGCUUUUGAAAUCACACGGAGGCUUGUCUUUUGGACAAACCGGAAGCCAUUUUGAACCUAGGCCAGUUCCGCCACCGUUGCCGAACAAGUGUGAUUGGGAAAUUGAACCUUCUGAGCUUGACUUCUCAAGUUCUGCGCGUAUUGGAAAGGGAUCUUUUGGUGAGAUUUUGAAAGCCCAUUGGCGCGGAACACCAGUUGCUGUCAAGCGCAUUCUUCCAUCUCUUUCAGAAGAUAAAAUGGUGAUUCAGGACUUUAGGCAUGAGGUCAAUUUGUUGGUGAAGCUUCGACACCCCAAUAUAGUUCAGUUUCUUGGAGCUGUUACUGACAGGAAGCCCCUCAUGUUAAUUACUGAGUAUCUAAGAGGGGGUGAUCUUCACCAGUACCUCAAAGAUAAAGGUUCACUUAGCCCUUCAGCAGCUAUAAACUUUUCCAUGGAUAUUGCCAGAGGAAUGGCCUAUCUUCACAAUGAACCAAAUGUUAUAAUUCAUAGAGACCUAAAGCCAAGGAAUGUUCUUUUAGUCAACUCUAGUGCUGACCAUUUAAAAGUUGGAGAUUUUGGAUUGAGCAAGCUUAUCACUGUCCAAAGUUCUCAUGAUGUAUACAAGAUGACCGGUGAAACUGGGAGCUAUCGCUAUAUGGCUCCGGAAGUUUUCAAACAUCGGAGGUAUGACAAGAAGGUUGAUGUGUACUCUUUUGCAAUGAUUUUGUAUGAGAUGCUUGAAGGUGAACCACCUUUUGCAAGUUAUGAGCCUUAUGAUGGCGCAAAGCAUGCAGCUGAAGGGCACAGGCCUUCUUUUCGAGCAAAGGGUUAUGUCCCUGAAUUGCAAGAGUUAACGAAGCAGUGUUGGGCUGCUGAUAUGAAUCAAAGACCUCAUUUCAUAGAGAUCCUUAAGCGGCUCGAAAAGAUCAAGGAAAAUCUACCUUCGGACCAUCAUUGGCACUUGUUCACUUCAUAAAUAUUUAUGCGCGUUGACAUAUUCAGAAAUUCAGAUAAUUUAUUUGCCAUUACCAUCACUGCCGGAUCUAUAGAUUGGUAAAGCUUAACUGGAAAACCUGCAAAAUCAACAUUUGAUUUAGACUGUUUGGAUUAAUGACCAGAACAGGCGAUGUUCAUUGCUUUUCUCUGGUUUCUUUGUUUCAAUUCUACUUCCUCAUUAAAGUCCAUGUCCUGUCCAAGGGAGCAUAUGAUGAUACGCAAGUUGUUGCACAAGUUUAAUGUGUUUAAGUGUACAAACCAAUUGAAGUAGGCAAAUCAUACAGUCUGAUGUGUUGUGUUUUCUUUUUUUCCUUCAUAUUUUUGGUUAAAAAAUUAAUAAUAAUUUUCAUUCUUGUGGUAUAGAUGUUAUCGAAUUCUUUGGGUUUGCCCCUCUCGUACAAGUUUCUUUUGCUGUUUUCAUGUGAA